AUGCCCGCCGCCGUUGCCUCGCGCGCCCGGGCGGCCAAAAGCCCCAGAGCCCGCGACAGCGCUCCCCCCGCAAAGAAGGCAAAGCUCGCCCAAUCACCCGCCAACACUCGCCAGAAUGGGCUCAAAGCACUCGUCAACGGCACCGCUCAGAAGCCAACAGCCAAGAUCAAUGGCGUGAAGAAUACGCGGAGAGACAAAGUCGACGAUGCCUCUGCAGUAGUCGGCCGAGGUCAAGCUAGUCCUGGGGAUGUCGACAUGGCCGAUGUGGAGAAGGAGACAAUUGAAAUCAGCAGUGGUGAGGAAGAAAGUAGCGGCGAUGACGCUGCUGGUGAUGACGAUGACGUUGCUGAAGCGGGCGCUCAAAAAGACGAUGCUGCGCCUGCCAUCAACGGAGACGUCCAUGUCGCACAAGAUGGUACAGUGGACGAUGAAGAGCUCUCGUUCGGCGACCGGUUGCGCGCACAGGACCCAGAGCCGGUGCAAGAGUCUCGCAUCGUGGACGUCGAGUCGGCCUUUGAUGAGCGCGCCGAAUCGAGGACGCUGACGAGAGCGACCAACAGCCGCCCACUGGCUGCACCCAACGCCUCCUCGCUCGGAACUGUCCUCACCCAGGCGCUACGGACCAAUGACUCCGAGCUCCUCGAAUCCUGUCUGAGGGUGAUUGACGUCGAUACCAUCUAUGCCACAGUUGAGCGUCUACCAUCGCCUCUCGUCGGAACGCUCCUGCAAAAACUCGCAGAGCGUCUACACAAGAAGCCUGGCCGAGCUGGUAUGCUCAUGGUUUGGGUACAGUGGUCUUUGGCUGCACAUGGUGGAUAUUUGGCAAGUCAGCCACAGCUCGUGAAGCAGCUCGCAACGCUCAACAAAGUCUUGAAGGAGCGUGCCAAUGGUCUGCAGCCUCUUUUGUCGCUCAAGGGACGCUUGGACAUGCUGCAAGCCCAGCUCGACCUGAGGAGACGAAAUCAAAGAAUCAACGAUGACGAGGAGGAGGCUGUCAUUUAUGUCGAAGGAGAGGAUGACUAUGCUUCUUCUGCGGAAGGGGACGAGGUCUCGGUGGAUGGUGACAAGGCACCGUCUGGUCUAAGCAAGAGGCUGAAGAAGGAUCUCGACGACGAUGACGAUGACGAUGACGAUGAGAGCUCCAUGGACGAAAUGCCCACAACAAUGGAGGUCGAUGAGGAUUCCGAGGAAGGAAGCGAGGAUUCUGAUAACCUUGUGGAUGAUGAGGCCGAGGAGACUGAUGAUGACCUUGGCGAUGGCAUGUCUGAGCCUAUGAGCGACGACCUAGACGAAGGAGAAGGCUUAUCCGAGAGCGAGGAGGAGCCAAAACCUGCCAGACGUUCGACAGCCGCACGAGCGGGCCUCAAGAGCCGGCGCUGA